AUGAAAAGCUUAUUUUUUAUUGCAUUAUUAUACAGUACUAGUAAUCAUCCAAUAAAUAAUCGUGUAAAUGUAGAAGAGAAUAAUGUGAAUACUUUGACAGAUCCAUCUUUAUUUUUAAGAAAUUUUAUACAUAAUAUAAGAAUACAUGUACCUCAUACAAUACAUGAAUCAAAUUUAUAUAAGUUUCUUAAAACUGAGAAAAAAAUCAUACUACAUGCAAUUCGAAUAAUUAAAAAAGAAGAGAAUAGAAAUGGUUUUAUAUUCUUUAAUCAAUACGAAAAAUCACUUUUAGAAAAUUUGUUCUCUACUAACAUAAACUAUGAAAAAUUGCAAAAGUACAAUGUAUUUUUAAAUUACAUGUUUACUUUUCUAAAAAUUGUUUUUAGACUUAAAUACUUAUAUUAUUUAGGUUUUUAUACCAAAUUUGAUAGAGAAAAUAUUGUAAGAGAUGAAAUGUUAAAAUAUUUGGAUGAGACAUAUAAAAUUUGUCAUGCGCGUAAUUUUAUUAUUAAUUUAGAUUUGAUUAACACGAGAAAACUAAAAUUAGAUUUAUUUGAACUGCGAAAUAAUAAUACUAGAGUUCAACAAGAGGUUAUUAAUUUUAUUUAUCAUAAAUUAGAUUGUCAAUUUAUUUAUUUUAAUCAUAAUAAAAAUGAAUGUAUUCUUAGAGGUCUGAAUUACUUUAAAUGGAAUAUUAGGAAGUUUAUGAAUUUAAUUUGA